AUGCUCUGCAUCACUGCUAACACGCCGAAUGUAUUCUCAGACGUCGACCGUCUGCUGCUCGAUGCAAGACCUGAUCAGAGGCGCCGAUGGCGGACAGCGACAUCGAUUCGCUUAUCACCGCCGCGUAAGGAAGUUGCAGGCAGAGUCAGCUUCUUCACUUGCUUAGAGUCGGCAUACGUACAACGUCUCCGAUGUCAUAGCUACUCUUCAGGCGAUCGGUUGUCAGCUAUGCACCAGCCAACAAUCCGGCCCAUGCCCAGAUCCGAAAGUCAAUUCCUGGCGUCAUUCGAUGCUCCUGCCAAGCGGCGAAAGCUCCAGUCAGCUUGGUCAAAGCUACCGACUGAGCUCAUUUGCGCUAUUCUGCUUGAGCUUCCGCCAGUGGAACGCUUUCGCAUGCGCUUGGUCUCCAAGCUAAUGCACGAUAUUUGUACUUCCAGGGCUGUCUAUCCUAUGCUAGCCAUCGAAGAUGAUUGGCGACAUUUGUCGCCCGCUUUAGUCGCGUCUGCACACUCAGUCACUCUCGACGCGGGCUCGCCGAAGUCUUGGCAAGCGUUUGCUGCGCAGACGGCCAUUCUCGACUUUCGGCGCUUGCACGCGCUGAGCCUCACGCGGCUAUCAGUCACGGAAGCAGACAUCAUACGCGCGUUCGGAAGCAGUCGCAAUAGCUUGAUCCAACUCGACUUAGCCGGCUGCGCUCGCAUUAGGGACGCGGACGUGCUAGCACAAGUAUUUCCGCGAGUGCAGAAGCUUGACCUCAAUAUGACAUCUAUGCGACAUCUGCCAGACCUAUGCUUCAUCGGCGCGCAGCGGUGGUCACAAUUGAUUGAGCUCAACCUAUCAGGCACACAAAUCUCUCGAUCGGAACUGCUCAAGUGGCUCAGGAGCGCUGCUUACCCGUCACAGCUCCGAUAUCUUGGCCUGGAUGAUCUCGCAAGCGUCGUCAAUGGAGAAGUGCUGGGCGCAAUACCCGUCGCAACCUCGGCAAGCAAACUCCGUCUGGUCAGCAUUCGAGAUGCCGAUGCCAUGACACUGACGGAGAUCGGACUCUUCGAAUGCCUGUGGCAAGACAUAGCCUGCACGCAAGGCAGAUCACAUAGCUUGAGGAUUCAACAUAAUUGCCGCCUGCAUACCGACGAUGUUGCUGGCUGGCGUCGUUUUAUAGCCGAGCGCGUCGGCAACAGGUUUCCGAGCAAUCCGUGUGCAAUGGACAAUCUCUCAGACUUUGCUCAUGGCCGCGCCAUCGUUUACGAGCCCGGCGUCGCUACUCCUACUAUCGUGUAUCUUGCUCACAAUGAUGGCCUUCUUGUUGCUACUGCUAUUGCGGAAUUCGAAAUUGAAGGCGGCCGUUUUCAUCUUCAAUAUUGGUCAGCAACGUACUCACUUGCUCAGAUCAGCGACCUAUGCAAGAGAAAAACCAGACGCUUCAUCGACUAUCAGCGCGGAUUUGCAGCUGGCUCGGUGUUCGUGCGCGGUAUCGAAUUUGAUCUGAUCCCUGCAGAGCAAGGCAGAGCAAGAAUACUCAUCACACCAGAGCACGAUCACAAGGCAUCGCUUUCGUUGGAAGUCCGUCCGCUCUCAGACACCGCUGCACAGCCAUUCGGCGUCUUCUUCCUUCUUGACCAGAUGAACGAUGAGCUGAACGAGCUGCGCCGCAAUGCGCAACGCUCUAGAGCGCCUGAGCCCACGUCAGGAGCCAUCUCAAGUGCAAGUCCUAAAGUGGACAAGUCUGAUCCCUCAACACCGGCGACGCCAUCGAAGCGCUCGCAAGGCAUGACGAACGAAGCUAAUCCAAGGCAAAAGCCGCGCAUCCAGUCUGCAUACGAAUUCGAGGAAAUAGAGUAG